AUGGAGAUGAACAUUUAUAUGAAGAAAUUGAGCAAGUGGAACGGUUAUUAUUUAGUAACGUAUAUUUUGAUGCUCAUGGCUCCACUUACGGGACUUGUGUCAGAUAUUGCAUUUGCCAAUAUCUUACUUCCUUUUAUACUUAUUAUGGAAUCGAGAUGUGGUUAUGUGGUGCUGCUGAUGGCCGGGUACUGGGUGACGGAGUGCCUGCCACUGCCAAUGACGGCCCUCAUGCCCAUAGUGUUGUUCCCGUGCCUCAACAUUUUGAGCAUAAAAGACACUUGCGAGUGUUACAUGAAUGACCUAGUGAUGUACUUCAUUGGGAGCCAAAUCCUCGCCAUCGCCAUCGAGCACAGCAAACUCCACCUGCGCGUUGCCCUCAAGAUCAUGCAGGUCUUUGGUUACACUCACAAGCGCCUCUUAGCUGGUACCAUUUUGGCCACAACAUUUUUGUCUAUGUGGAUUACCAGUGCCACGGCCACUGCCAUGAUGGUGCCCAUCGUAUUAACGAUACUAAGUGAGCUCGAAAGGGUGGAUAUUGGAAAGGUGUUUCACAAUUUAAGGAAUCCGGAAGAUGCAAACAGUGGACCGAUACCAACCAAGGUGACAAUGGCCUAUCUCCUGGGGAUGGCUUAUGCAGCGACUUUUGGUGGCACUGCUACUCUUUUCGGCACCGCCACGAACCUCGUCUUCAAGGGCAUCUUUGAGCAAGUCUUUUUGUGUGCCCCCAAAAUCGGAUUCGACCAGUGGAUGCUGUACUCAGCACCACUGGCAUACGCCAACGCGUUCAUCACUUGGUUGUACUUGAUAGUCAUGUACUUUGGCGAGGUCGAGCCGAACGGACAUUACGCUUCGAUCGACACAAUUGGUAGCGAAGGUGCAAACACCGUCAAAAGGGUUCUCAAGGAAAAGUACGACGAUCUCGGAAAGGUGACCACUCACGAAGUGGGAGUAGCCAUUACGUACAUUACCGUGGUUGUUCUGUUGCUGACGCGCAAGCCCGGAUUCGCGACCGGCUGGGUCGAUAUCAUUCCUGGAAGAAAAAUUCCAGAAUCGGCACCGAUGAUAUUGGUACUCCUUCUUAUGUUCUUAAUUCCGAGGGAUCUUAAUUUUCUUAACAUUUGUAGUACAGAUGAAAAUAAGAUACCAAAAGCGCCAUCGAAGAGUCUUAUUGCUUGGAAGUUAGUUGAGACCAAAAUACCCUGGGGAUUGAUGUUUCUACUGGGGGCCGGAGUUGCCAUGUCACAAGCUAUCAAAAAAUCGGGACUAGCAGAGACGUUGGAAAAAUCGAUGACUCCAGUGCAGAGUCUGAGUGCUUUUGAUGUUUUAGUGAUUGUUUGUAUCAUCGUGGGCACAAUCACGGAAGUCACGCCCGAAAUCGCUAGAGCAAACAUUAUGCUACCAGUUGUAGCUUCGAUGUAUUAA